GCUCCUCUAAACUGCUCUGUAGGUGGAAAGAAAGCAGUGAUAACUAACCCCUCGUGAGGAAGAACUAGAUCCUGUAGGAAUCUCAUAACUGUUACUCAAAGCCCCAUUUCUGCCUAAGCUUCCACCUGCUCCAGAACAUGGAGGACAACAGCAGUCAAGUAGAGCUGGUCUUGUCUGGUGACAUGAAUCAGGAGGAUGAGGUGACCCAUCACUUUCAUCAGUCACAUACCAGCAAACCCAGCCAGCGCUCUCCAAGAAACAUCUGCUUUAUGGUCACAGCAGCUUUGUUCAUCUUUGCCUUUGGGUUCCUGAUUGGCUAUCUUGCUCAUCCAAAGACAGAAGACAGAAUCUCUCCGGUCUGCAGACAGUCUGAGUCCUCUGAGGAUGAAGAUGAUGGCCCAGUUCAGACAGAUGUCUUCCUGGACUGGAGCAAUCUCACAGCCUUUUUAAAAACCACACUGACCACAAGCAGCAUCGAAAACAGUCUCAGUCUGUUCUCCAGUGACAGUCAUGAGGCAGGAUCUCUAGGAGAUGAGGAACUGGGGGAAAAAGUUUUGAAAAUAUUCAGGGAUUAUGACAUGAAGCCCUGGACUGAUGAGCACUUUGUUAAUGUCCAGGAGCGUCCUACGCGUGGCACAAACCGAGUGACGUUCCGUGAUGCAACAUUUGAAGAAUCUGGUUAUUUGGCCUACAGUGCAAACGGAUUAGUGAAGGGGGCAGUUUUGUAUGCCUAUUAUGGACAAGUGGGCGACUUCAAAAAACUGCAGGACUUAAAUAUCAACCCCAGCGGAAGGAUCAUCUUAGUCAGAGCUGGAAACAUUAGUUUUGCUGAAAAGGUCGCUAAUGCAGCCAGUGUGAAUGCUAGUGCUGUGCUGAUCUACCCGGAUUCUGCAAACUACACAUUUGAUGAGGGAAUGGCUCUGUUUGGCCAUGUCCAUCUUGGGUGUGGUGAUCCGUACACUCCCGGCUUUCCAUCUUUCAAUCACACUCAGUAUCCUCCAGUAAAGUCCUCCGGCCUGCCAGCCAUUCCUGCACAGACCAUUACAGCCAGCACAGCUGCAGCCAUCAUGAGGAAAAUGGAAGGUCCCAAUCCUCCUCCUGGGUGGGGUGAUGGAGGUCUACCAGAUGUAUCAUACAAGCUUGGUAACGACAGUGACACAGCCUCUGUAGAGGUCAGCAAUGUCCUUGUGGGUAAAAAGAUCCUUAAUGUGUUUGGAGUCAUCAAAGGUUUUCAGGAUCCAGAUCGCUAUGUGGUGAUUGGAGCUCAGAGAGAUGCCUGGGGUCCUGGAUAUGCCAGGUCUACUGUUGGCACCAGUUUGCUGGUUGAGUUGGCCAGGACAUUUAGCGAAAUCGUAGCCAAAACUGAAUUCAAGCCAAGGAGAAGUAUAGUGUUUGCGAGCUGGAGUGCUGGAGAAUAUGGAGCUGUGGGCGCCACUGAGUGGCUGGAGGGCUACCUGUCUUCACUCAACAUGAAAGCUUUCUCCUACAUUAGUCUGGAUGCUGUUGUCACAGGUCCUUUUUUUAAAGCAAGUGCAAGCCCACUGAUGUAUGACUUAAUUCAGAGUACUCUGAAAGAGGUGUCCUCGCCCACUAAUGGCAGCAGGAGUUUGUAUUCAGAAGUGGCUGGAAGCAACUGGGAAGCUGCUGUGUUGGAGCCAAUGAGGAUGUCUGAUCCUGCCUAUCCAUUCCAGGCUUUCUCUGGCAUCCCCUCUGUUUCAUUCCGCUUUACCUCAGAUAAAGGAUAUCCAUUCUUUGGCACUAUGCUGGACACCAAGGAGAAUCUCUACAAUGCAACGUCCAUGAACUUACUUGUUUUGACCAAGACAGCAGGAGAGAUAGCUGGGCAGAUGGCUCUUCGUCUGGUCCACGACCAUCUCCUCAGGCUGAACGUGGAGGCGUACAGCAGCACCAUCCGUGCCAAUGUGGCCCAGAUCAACAAGGAGGUCAUCCUUCUGCAAUCGUCUGGCCGCCUUCCGAAGAAACUGAAGCUGCAGUGGUUGUUGUCAGCUAUGGGCUCUUACAGUCGUGCUGCCAGUAAACUCACCUUCAGCAUUGAGAACAGCAACCUGAAAGACACCGAGCAGUGUCGCAUCAUCAAUGACCGAAUUAUGGCGGUGGAGAGGGAUUUACUUUCUCCUUACGUUUGUCCACUGGAGAGUCCAUUCAGACAUAUAUUACUGGGCUCCGGCUCCCACACUCUGGGAGCUUUGCGUGCACACCUGGCUGCGAUAAAGGAUGGCUCCAGUGCUGAUACUGACCUGCUGAGGAACCAGUUUGCUCUGGCCACCUGGAAUAUCCAGAGCUGUGCCGAUGCGCUGGCAGGCAGUGUGUGGGACACAGACAACGAAAUUUAGGCAGAAUGAAUGUCUGAAAGUCUGAUUGCACUUUUGCACAAUUUCAUUAGAAUGCCUUAAAGUGAUACUGUGCUAUACUUCACUGCAGUCAGGAGACAGCUGGACCUUUGAUGACAGCAUUGUAGACUAUGGAAGGGUAUUGAGCCCCUAAUGCCCACUCAGUCAGCGUGUACAAUAAUUGUGUUUUAUAUGGCCUGAGUUAAAGACCUGUUUCAGCGAGGCGAGACGAGGUGAGGCCACGUCCUGGUAAUAGAACUAGUGGGUCAACUUGGGUUCUACAAGCUUUACCACUCUAACCCCUCUGGUGCAGUGCUGACCACCUUACAAAUCUAAUCAAUUACAGAUGCACGCAUCACCACACGACCAGUAAAGCACUGAUAAUCACUAUAAGAAAGCGUCACGUCCCAUAAUGUGGUCAUUUUAAAAGCAAUUUCACAGAACGUGGUGGCAGAAUAUACAGUCAUAUGCAAAACUUUGAACAUCCUGUCAAAGUACACGUUUUCAUUGGUUUUCUCUGAAAAUAUGUGAAAAUAAGUUUCACAUUGUCUGCAGUGAACAUACUUAAAUAUUAUAUUUUUCUGCUAUUUUGGUGCAGAAUUUACAAACAAAGUUUAUUUGCUAAGUUUAACAUAUUGGAAAAACCUAAAACAUCAAAUAUAAAAUGUGCAGCAACUGUGCAAAGUCCCAAUAUGUUAAACUCAGCAAAUAAACAGCUGUGUCCCAAUUCAGGGGCUGCAUCCUUCGAAGGGAGUGGCCUACGAAGGCGUGUCCUUCGAAGGCUGCUUAGACCUGUGAAGGCUGAACUGAAAUGAGACGGUCUGCCCUACGGCGGAUUUCCUGUUUAUGUUAUAGCACCACUGUUCCGGCCCUUAUCGCUGCAUAUAUAUAUAUAUAUAUAUAAUUUUAUUAUGAUUAUUAUAUUUUUAAUUUUAACAUAUUUGUCUGAUGUCUGAAUAAACACAGGCCAAAUUUCAGCACAGACUCAACUCAGGAUGGACAGUGUGUUGAAGCUGGUGUUUAGUUGUGAGUGGUCAUUCGUAAAUAUGCUUAUAUAUAUAUAAACACUGACUGUGGAGUUCGUUUAAUUUCCACAGGCUUUCGGACUGUGAGGUCAAUGCAAGCGGGAGUGACGGAAAAGUUGAGUCAGUAGGAUGUAAAGAUGAAUGUAAGGGAAAAUUACAGCAAGCUUUGUAUUCAGAACUCUGGUUAUUUCUGAGUAUUUUAAAAUUGAUUUGGCAGUAAUUCCAUUUUUUUUACAGUCUGAUACAGACUUAUGACCUUUAUGACCAGUAUAAUUAAACUGGACAGCACUGUUUUACAGUGGCUCAUUAAGCAGCACUAAACUGCAGUUACAGUGAGGGAAAAAGGAUCGUCUGUUUGACAAAUUGAAGAAAGUCUGUAUUCUUAUGUGUAAACAAAGAUAUUGUUAAAAUAAAAACUGACAGGGAAAAA